AUGCAGCCUCUUAUAAAUGUUUUCCUGGGGUCCUUUCUCCUCGGGGCUGUUGGAGCUGUGCCCCUCAGGGAGGCUGUGAUUUACGACUCUGGCUUCUAUGACAUGCUGCUUGGAGAGCUCUCUCCCCCAACUGACUACGAUGAAAACAAGCAGGCUGAGCAGCUGGAGACAGAGAUUGGCACAGCCCUGCCUUCUGCAAUUCAAGAGAGUUAUUCUUCUGCACCCUUGACAGAAGAGCCUGAGGAGGAAGCAUCGACGCCAAAAUUAAUUGACGGGUCUGCAGCACAGGGCUCUGGGGUUCUGGGACCCCAAACUCAAGAUGGCCUUCCUACUUGCCUUUUGUGUACGUGCCUGGGGACCACAGUCUACUGUGAUGACCAUGAGCUGAAUGCUGUUCCACCCCUGCCUGGGAGAACCACCUACUUCUACUCCCGCUACAACAGAAUCAAGAAGAUCAACAGAAAUGACUUUGCUCACUUAAGCAACUUGAAGAGGAUUGAUUUGACUGCAAACUUUAUAUCAGAGAUCCAUGAAGAUGCCUUCUGGAGACUGCCCCAACUUGAGGAGCUGGUGCUUCGUGACAACAGGAUAAGGCAGCUCCCUGAGCUACCACCCACCUUAAAAUUCAUUGAUGUCAGUAAGAACAGGCUUGGGCACAAAGGAAUCCCUAAUGAGGCAUUUAAGGAUCUGCAUCACCUGCAGCACCUCUACAUUACUGACAACAACCUGGACCACAUUCCACUGCCGCUCCCUGAAAGCCUCCAAGCUCUGCACCUUCAGAACAACAACAUCCACAGGAUGCAUGAGGACACCUUCUGCAGAAGGAAGGACUUGACUUACAUCCGUAGGGCUCUGGAAGACAUCAGGCUGGAUGGCAACCCCAUCAACCUGAGCAGCACACCCUAUGCAUACAUGUGUCUGCCUCGCCUGCCAGUUGGCAACCUCAGCUGAGCUUCCACAGAAGACAACACUUGGAAGAGUCCUUCCAGAGAAGUAGAAUAGAAC